UAUAAUAAAUAGUUGAAUACUCAGCAUAGAGACUCGUCGUCUACCAGGUCUCAGUAUUCAGCAUAACCAGUACACUGCGUUGAAGUCCCUAUUCAAGCACGGGCAACCACCCCUUUCUGUAAAUGCAGAGAGUUAAGAAGUAAAAAGUUGGGUGUAUAAACAAUAGCAUAAACCAGCUUUUGGAUCUUCCUCAGUGUAGAUUUGUCCAAUUUCUAAAAAAUUCCCACUCCCCACUUCGGCUCUGAAGAGAAGAAAAUGUUUGCAGCGGAGAAUGGUCUAAAGGGAGACCCAAGAUUGAAGGGCAUUUCUGAUUCAAUUACUGUUGUUCCCCACUUCCCGAAGCCAGGAAUAAUGUUUCAGGAUAUAACAACGUUGUUGUCGAAUCCCAAAGCCUUCAAGGACACUAUUGAUAUCUUCGUUGAUCGUUACAGGGAUAUGGAUAUCUCUGUUGUUGCUGGAAUUGAAGCUAGAGGAUUUAUGUUUGCUCCUACAAUUGCAUUAGCAAUUGGUGCAAAGUUUAUCCCUUUACGCAAACCGGGAAAGCUACCAGGUGAAGUUAUUUCUGAAGCUUACGAGCUUGAAUAUGGUAAAGAUCGUUUAGAGAUGCAUGUCGGGGCCGUUCAGCGUGGAGACCGUGCAUUAGUAAUUGAUGAUUUAGUGGCUACAGGAGGAACAUUGUCUGCAGCCACGAGGCUUUUAGAACGAGUUGGUGCUGAGGUAGUUGAAUGUGCAUGUGUUAUCGGAUUGCCGGAGGUCAAGGGAAGGUGCAGGUUGGGUGGGAAACCACUAUAUAUGUUGGUGGAACCUCGGCAAUAAAAUAAUGUCAUGUGCUGCAGUACCGUUGUUUCGUGGAUUCUGGUUAAUUGGAUGGUGAAAUUGCUCUUACCAUCAAACAUCCAGAGCGAUACAAGUUGUGGUUUAAAUCUCGAAGAGUAAAGCUCAUCAGUCAUGCAUCUGAAGAAUUUCCUGGCAACUGAACAGAAGUUACAUGGUCUACACCUUGGCUUCGGCUGUGUAGAAACUGGCCUAGUGAAAAUAAGUUGUUAGCCCUUAGGUUUCCUUUCUGUAUCUUCUCAUUCCAUUGGAUUAGUUUGUAGAAAAUUUGAUGUACAAUACAUCUUAAGAUUCCUGUGUUUUUAAUCAUUUUCGAGCUCUGAACAUCUGAUUUAUGCUUUAGUCAUUUAUGGUAUGUGAAAGUUCAGUGACUGAUCAAGAACAAGACGAGAAGUCGUUGACCAGAGUGAAAUAGAUUACGUAAAAAGAUUGUAACAUCCA